UGCCUGUCUUGCUGUCUUAGCCAUGCUGCAUCCCGCUUCAACUAUGCCAUCGCUGCUGUCGCAUGACGGUGUGUAUCUUGGCAGCUGGUCGGAUCGACAGCUCAUCUCCCUUUCCGCCUCUGCUACUCCCUCUGUCAAUGGAAAUGCUGUUACAUCGAGCUGACAAGGCUUCUCCUGAUAGGCUGCCCAGCUCCUGUCACCUCCCUUGCUCGGGCGCUCCUCCAGAGAACAUGUCGCAUCAUGUUGCACCCGACCCCCGCAAGUUGAACGUCUUGUGCUGCACAACGAGAAUCUAACCCCUUGGCGUCCGCUCGGUUUUCUCCGUGGAUUUGCCAGAUCUGGCAUCAGGGAGGGCGUCGCCAUGGCGCCGCGACGAAGGGCUUCAGUGUCAGCAAGGUUUUCUGAAGCAAUUCCAAGCCAGUACCCGACCCGUCGGAUGAAGGGGCCAGUGUCUUGGUGGACGGGCUUGGUAUAUUUAAGAUGGACAGACUCGCCCAUCGUCCUCGACCGGAUCGGUCAAGCCAGUGCGAUCUCACGAAUCCAUUGCUAUUUCUCCUCGAAGUACCUCUCGAUUUACCGCUUGAACCUGCCGGAAUAUUGCCAACAUGGGUGGUGGUGGAGGUAAACCUUUGAAUAUCUUCCGCAUGGGGAACUCUCUGGCAGAUGAACCCAAGGAAGUUCUAAAUUGGAGGCUUUGGUUUGCUGUUGUCUCGUUUGGCAUUAUGGGUGCUGCUCGUGGCGUAGAUGAAGGGCUGAUCAGCGGUACCUUUAACACGGAUGAUUUCCAGCAGCUUCUGGGCUUCGACAAACUUGAUAAAGAUCAAUAUGCAAAUGUCAAGGGCAACGUCUCUGCAAUGGUCCAGAUUGGGAGUGUGGGUGGUGCCCUGUUGGCCUUUGUUCUCGCGGACCGUAUCGGUCGUCUCUGGGCUACGCGACAAUUGUGUAUUCUCUGGAUUCUUGGAAUCGUCAUCUUCAUGACCAACAACGGGCGAUUGGGACAAGUAUAUGCUGGCCGCUUCAUCGCGGGACUCGGAAUCGGCCAGACCACUGUCAUUGCACCUGUCUACCUUUCCGAAAUUUCACCCAGGGCCGUGCGAGGCCUCUGCACUUGCGUCUUCUCAGGCUCGGUAUACAUUGGCAUCAUGCUUGCAUAUUUCUCGACUUGGGGAAGCAGCCUCCACAUCGAUCAAAACAAGCCCAGCUCCUGGAUGGUGCCGACAUCCCUUCACCUCAUGUUUGCCGGUCUCAUCUUCAUCCUAUCGUGGUUCAACAACGAGUCACCUCGGUUCCUGAUCAAGAAAGGCCAAAUAGACCAUGCAGUAGCCAAUCUGGCCAAGAUUCGAGGCCUCGCCGCCGACGAUGAAUAUAUCACGGCAGAGAUCAACGGGAUCAAGCAUCAACUGAAUGAAGAGCAGGAAGCAACUAUGGGACAGGGCUUUUUAGGCAUCCUUCGAGAGAUGUUCUGCAUGCCCAACAACUUUUACCGCAUCUAUCUGGGCCUUGGAACCCAGUUGCUAGGUCAAUGGUCAGGUGCUCAAAGUAUCACUAUAUAUGCUCCGGAUAUGUUUGCGCUCCUCGGCACCAAGGGCGACAAUGAAAAGCUGUACGCCACGGCCAUCUUUGGGGUAGUAAAGUUCGUCGCAUCGAUCUUCUGUGCCUUGUUCCUGGUCGACGUUAUUGGCCGAAAGAGAUCGUUGUCCGUCGGCAUCACCCUUCAGGCAAUUUCGAUGUGCUACAUUGCAGCCUUCUUGACCGCUGUGCCCAACAUCGACGAUGACACAGUCUUUACCGCUUCUCAGAAACAUGCUUCCACAGGCGGUAUUGUCAUGAUAUAUAUUUCGGGUGUCGGUUGGGCGCUCGGCUGGAAUAGCAUUCAGUACUUGCUGAAUGCUGAGAUCUAUCCUCUCAGAAUUCGUGCCGUCAGCAGCUCACUCGUAAUGUGCUUUCACUUUGUCAACCAAUAUGGCAAUUCGCGCGCGGUGCCCAACAUGCUCCUCGAUCUCAGCCCUAAGGGAACAUUCUGGUUCUUCACAGCGAUCACAAUCCUCGGUGGCAUCUGGGCUUGGUUCUUCAUCCCAGAGACGAGUGGUCGGAGUCUCGAAGGCAUGGAUGCGUUGUUCCGCCUUCCUUGGUACAAGAUUGGAAGAUAUGGACAACGGGAAGCUGAUGUUAGUGAUCAAUUGGCGCGAGAGAGGGUGUUGGAAGAGAAGGCGGCCGUUGGGGGAAGUGCAGCGGAGGUGGAGGUGGUUCAGCAGGAAAAGGUGUAAAACCGCUUUCGGAAGAAAGCUCAGUGGUAUCAACAGAAGAAUGGUCCUUCGGCAGCAAGAUGUCUAUGAGCUGCAUUUAGAGAUUUGCCUGCUUGUGAUCGUCUGAUUCUGUGAGGGAGAAAUUGGUACUGUGGUUGGUAGUUCGAGUACGAGCAUUGGAUGCUGGCUGAGUCUUUUGAGUGAGAGAGCGUGGUGAAUACGAAUGAAAUUUGCGGAACCAU